AACCUACUGUCUCGCGCCUCUAUAGAAGUUUGCGUUGGAAACCCUACACCAAACUCACCAUUGCACCGACGUCGAGAGCUUUCUGCUCGCCAAUGCACCAACAUACAAAUCUCCGUCUGCCAACCUGCUCACUAAGGCUACGUCCUCCGAUGACCCCCUGUCGCGAGACAACCACCCCCUGUGACCUUCCUCCCGCCUCUACUCACAACCACCCCUACAGAACCUUCCGCCCGCUUCUGCGCAAUUACCACCUGCUCUAGGUUUUUCCCAACCGGAGUGAAGAAGAAAGCUCGUUGUUUUACCACCUUCUUGCUGGAGAAGACGACUGGAAAAGGUAAGACGACAUAACUCUUUUUCCAUUCAAACCUUUUGUUUCCACUGGCCGAAAUUCGGGAAUGUCAUUUAACCGUGGGUCGAAACGCAACGAAGCAUGUGUUUAACCAUUAGUCGAUAUGUGGUGCCUUUUGUUUACAACUUGGUCAAAACGUGCGAAGCAUGCUUUUAACCACUAGCCGAAACGUUGCGCCUUCUGUUUACCACUAAUCAAAACGCAGCGAAGAAGUUCUUUAACCACUGGUCGAAACGCAGUGAAACAUGCUGGCAAACCUUGCGAUUUUCCCAUGGUUCAAACGUAGGGUAGCAUGUGAUUACCCUUUGGUCAAAAUGCAACAAAGCUGGCGGUUAGCCACUAGGUAAAUCAUGUUUUGACUAUCUUUGGCUAGAUAGAAGGCCAAAGAAAGAAAGAAAUGUGGUCACGGGUUUGUCUUCAAACCCUUAAUUCAUACUCCGUCGAGACUCUUAAGGAUUUUAGGCUCUUGGACGGCGGCGGCAGAAGCUUCAGUCACGGUGGUGGUUGUGCGAGCAAACGAGAGGGAGGAUGGCUCCGGGAUCAGGUAAGGGUGGACGUCGGCAUGCGUUGUCGUAGAGAUGAGAGGUUUGUGUGGCUGUGCAAGCUGAGGAGAUGGAGGAAGGAGGUGAGAUGGGAAGUUCUGCGGCGGCGGUGGGAGGAGAGUUAUGGGAUGACGACGGUUGUGCGAGCAGGUUAGAGGGAAGGCAGAGGGAUACGACGACGGAAGCUGACGAAGGAGUAGGGUAAAGUAAUUUAUUCAUUGUAACUUGUGGUUUGCCCAUCGGCGCUGGUAAGAGAGGGAGUAGUGUAAAUUAAUUUAAACAUUGAAAAAUAAGUAAAUUAUAUAUAAAAGAUAGGACGACCUAUAGUAAUUUUAGGACGUUAUUUAACAUUUCAGAAAGCAAUAUGGGUGAAACAAAAAUAAAAACAGUAGUGAAGAACACGCGUUCUAGCACUAUUUCCUGCAACUAAAAUGAUCUUCGACACUGGUGUCAAAAAAUUUAUUCACUGUAACUUGUGGUUUAAAAGAUAAUUAAGAGGAUGAGAUCCUCCAAGGUUGUUUUCUCUAGACCUCCCUUCAGCUAAUUACUCCAUCUCUACAAGUUGUGCUUAGUAUCCAAGUGUGGUUGAGGUGUCACUUGAUUUCUUAAAAAAACAAGAAAAUAAAUACUCACGAAUAACGAUAUAAGAGAUUCAUCAAAGUAACAAGAACUAAAGGCAAGCGAAAACACAAAGGUAUAUGCAGUAGACAAGGGCAAUUAUUAUGCAUAUUAUUAUGGCAUUGGCUUUAAAGGGGAAAGAAGAAUUUCCAGCUUUUUAGGCGCAAAGGACAACAACGAGUUUCUCCCGGGAAUAACUUCCCAUGUGAAUUCAUAUAAUUAUAAUUAAAAUAUAAACCUAUUUGUCCACAUUCAAUCAAUUUUACCUCAUCGAUUUUUAACAAAGAUUAUACAUAGUUUUCUGUUGCUAUAACUUAUUAGAGGUAAUGAAAAAAAUUAAAUACUACAUAUUUCUUUCUUGAGUAAUUAAACUGCACUUGUGUUUUCUACCAAAAACAAAUUGCACUUGUGUUUGCUGAUAUAGACAAGUUAAAUGUCAUUUCUGACCAAUGCUACUUCUAAACAAACAUACAACCAUAAAGCGCGCAUCUCAAAAUCCAAAGAGGGUGAAGAUGAAUGGCAAUAUAUGAAAAACUAGCUUUUUCCCGACCCGUUGGUUGGAUCGGUUCAUUUUUUUCAUAUAAUUUUUUUGCUCGGUCCUUGACCGAAUGAGUUUUGUUUUAUCAUUUACAUUGGUUAAUUUAUAAUUAUAUAUUAUUCGACCCGUUGGUCGAUAAAAAUUUAUUUUAUUUUGUAUUAUUUAGAUUUAUCUAUUUAUUUAUGUAUUAAAUUUACUGGGAUUUUUUUAUAGUUUUUGCUUGAUUAGAAGGUGAUCUUUUAGAAGAGACUUUACAAUUUUACUUGUUCUUCCUGUCACUGGUAAUCAGUAUCCUUAUAAUUUUCAUAUUUUAGAAGGGACUUUUGUGUUACCACAAAAUAUAAAUGGUUUAGAAGGUAUUUAUUCAAAACAUUUGAUCUCAUUAGCUUGAUAUAUGUUACUAACAUAUUAUAACUUCAAAUACCGUAGUAUUGAGCCCAAAUUAAAGUAACAAAAUAUAAAUAUAAAAGUAUCAAAUGCCAAAGAAAUUUCUAGUAGUUAAUUAAAAAACUACAACAAAUACUAUAAUCUACAUAGUCAAUAGUUGAGUACAACCCCAAAUUUACCUUUGAUUACAUAGACAAUCUUAAAAAGUGAAAUAACCCAAAUCAACACUAGCACUUCCUCUAUCUAAUUAAAUAAAACUUAAAUUGUGUAAUAUUUUCAAAAUAAAAGAACCAUAACAAUUUAAAAAUGACAUUGUUAAAAUCUCAGGAGUUUCUUUUUCCCAAACCCGGUGUACAGUAAGAUGAAUGUUUUGUAACAAAGGAUGUGAGAUAAGCUCCUUUUUUUGAAGUGUGAGAGCCCCUCUUGCUUGUCUUGUUGUGCACCAACAGUGCUUAAGUAGCAUGAUGUAGUAGACGGACCAAUAUAUCAGUUGUUGCGGCAAAUAUCACAACUGCAAAUAAGAUAAUUCAACCAUUAUCGUUUGCAUAAAUUUACAUUAAGAAC